AUGUGUGCUAUCGGGGCACUCAUGGGACUUGAGCAAGACGUGGCAACUAUGCUUUCUGCACAAGUUGAGGAGCUUGUGCAAGCGGACGAGCAAGACUCCCUCGAUUGUCACAGACUGGAUCGAUAUGAAUACAUCAUGCCACCUUCAGAACAGACUGAGCGAACAUCUCACGCACAUCCCAUAUGGCUACUGCAAACGAAGCUGCUCCUCAUUUGGUUUAGGGCGUCCUGUGGAAACCCUUAUGUCGUCACAGAUGCACUAAAGGAAUUUGGAUUUUUAGUAAACGCCUAUUGGGACAGAAUGUCCGACGUUCGGGCCGAUCCGCACUUCGAUAAACACCGGAUAUCCCCCUACUCUGACUGGCAUUCAUGGUGUCAGUUUGAACUUACGAAGAGAUACGGAUAG